GCAACAGCUGACUCUCACGCGCAUAGAGGAUCGGUUAUGUGAUGGGUGUUGGAGCGGAGCCCAGGAAAGCUUUCCUCUGCCAAGGACUCUGGGCUGAUGAGGAGGAAGAUCAGGGUUUCUAACACAUGCUCUCAGCUGCUAAAUGAAGCAACCGGCGCCUACACUGAGGAAUUAAAAUGAGCUUUUUGAGGUUUUCCAGCUCUUGUAGUUUCCACCAAAUGUGCUUGCGAUGAUGCUCCUGCUCACCUUCGGAUCGCAUACGUUGCCAUGGCUGAUGCAGAGGCUGCCUUCGGACCGUGGCUCCUCUCGACCCAUAUUUGCAGUUAUUUAAAAAGACAACUAACAGUUAGUUAACAUCAGAUCCAGGUCAAAGUCUGCGAGUCUGACGCGUCGCCGUGCUGUGAUAUGGAAACGACGGCACUCUACAGCCUCCUUUAUUACUUCAUUCUCGAUUCGCCCUUUAGGAUUUGUGCAAAUGCUGUAUUUACCGAAGUCCCCAAAGACAUGAGUGUGGUGGAGGGAGAGGAUGUGGAGAUGCCCUGCGCCUUCAAGGCCGUCAGCUCAGUGCCCGUGUCUCUGGAGAUCCAGUGGUGGUACCUGAAGGAGGACGUGUCCAAAGAGCUGCCAGCCAGCAUCCCUGCCAACAGGUCCAAGGUCACUCCAAGGGAAGCCACAAAAAUAAGUACUGUGCGUGUUCAGGGCAACGCCAUCUCCCAUCGUCUCAGCCUGUCCAAGGUGAAGAAAGAAGAUGAGGGGCUGUACGAGUGCCACGUGUCUGACCUGUGGGCUGAUGACACUCAGGAGUUUACAGUUCACGCCACGCUCCACGUCGUGCCAGGUGACAGCAUGGCCGAGGAGGCCGUGUCGCACAUCCAGAACCGCUGGCCACCUAGGAACGCCAACAGGGGCGCAGCAGGGAGAGCUACCUCUGGGCCCGGCCCAGGCCCGGCGGCAGGUCCGAGGUUAGGGCAAGGGAAGCAUUGGGUGCCUCAUCAGACUCAGCCCGGUCUCUUCCCCUUCUUCUCGUCCACCACCACCACCUCGGUGGCCAAGUCAUCAGCCUCGCCACUGUUAGGAAACAAGGCCAUCCUCGGGCGGCAGCAUGGAGCUGGCUGCAGCACGAUGAGCACCGUGGACCCGGUCCUCUGCAUCAGGCUCCUGUUCCUGCAUAACCUCCUCCACUUCCUGUUGGCCCACUAAAGAGACAUUAACCAAAAUACCUUAUAGACAAUACAGAUACAUACAUCAAGGAGCAGUCAGAGAGAAAAGGGUCACAUUAAAUCAAUGUCUAAAAAGAAGUGUGUUUACAGAAAAUGAUGGGAGCAUCACGUGAAGCGCUGCCUCCUCACACAUUCCACACUCACGUGUGUGUUGAAGUACACAGUAUUGGUCAUCUCCACCCCCAUCCUACACACACACUUGUGUUCUCAUAGCUCUGUUGCAUAAUGUGAAAUGAAUAUUUUGAUUAAGAUAAGGCACACCUUGCCACAAUUGUUAAUCUGUUUGACAUUUAAUUUCUUGCCAUUUAAUAAUAAUAAUGAUAAUACAUUUCAUUUAAAGACCCCCUCCAGUCACGUUUUAAAGUAUAUAAUAAUAAUCUGAUAUGCCUAAUAUUUUGUUUCAAAAGUCUCGCAGUCUGGAGCCCCGUUGCCUCACAUUUGCAUAUUCAACAGUGAUUGGUUUUCUGAAGUGAAAACAGAGUGAAACAGAAAUCUCCUGCUCCACAAUAGGCAAAGACUAGGGAUGCUGUUGUCUACUCUGGCCCAUAGUGUCACCAUUAACGCAAUUAUUCCAAAUCUUAACUAACUCUGUUAGUAUGGGAAAUGUCUCUCGAAUAUUAAUGUGGGAAUGUGAAUCAUACUAUAAUGAAUCUCUUCUGUCUGUCUAUCACUGCUUUUAAGCAAAUCAGCUUUGACUAUGUGUACCCGCUGUACUUUGAUCUGCUGUUUUUUCAGCCUGUGUUUUGUGAUUUUUUCCAUUCAUGUCAGGUGAAGCCAAACAGCAUUCACCUAACAGUUAUGGCAAGAAAUGCAAAUUCAUGUUUAGAAUGGGACUUCAAUAGUAGUCAUCGAUUCUAAUACUUUGGUGACCUCUAGAUAAGUGUCAUUUUGUCAAUGAAAAACGAAGCAGCAUUCAUACAGAAUGCCUCAGUAUUAUAAGAAAGAAAGAAGUUAAGAAAGAAAGAGGUAAAGAAAUCAAGACAUGAAGAAGGAAAGUAAGAAGGAAAGAAGUAAUGAAAGAAAGAAAGAAAGAAAUAUGAAGGAAUAGAAAAAAGACUAUUGAUAUCGACCAGGAUACAAACCAACAGUCUUCUAGCUGGGAGGCGACAGCACAGUCCACUGAGCCAUGUGAUCUUGAUAGAGUCAUUAUGUCAAAGAAAUAAGACUUGAAGAAAUCGCAGUGCGUUGGCCCCCUACAGGCCGUUUUUGGUCAAAAUUUGAUGUUUAAAAAUGAACAUAAUAUCACUGAAAUAUGACAGAGCUUAGAAAAGUAAUAGCCAUCGAGUGAUGAAUGAGCCAGAUUUUGUGAAAACGGUGUACUUAGCUCAAAAGCUGUGAGAGGAGAUAGCCGCUACGGAUGAAUGAGCCUUAUAAGUUUAAAGAUUCAAAGAUAGAUAGAUAGAUAGAUAGAUAACUUUAUUGUCUGUCCAGAAGCAGUGACAGAAAUUGUCCCUCGAUGAGGCUCCACAAAUACGAAUGACAUUCAAACACAAUGAAAAACGUGAAGAAACGGCAGCUGUACGUCGUCUAUUUCAUACUGUUCAGAGUAGUUAUUGCAGAGGGAAUUAAUUUUUCAUGGCCAGAGGAUCUUUGUACCAUCUACCUGAUGGUAAUACCUGGAAAGAGUGGUGGAGGGGUGGGAGGGCUCCUGUUUGAUCAGGGUGGCUUUCCUGAUCACAUUGACUCAUCACAUGAUUAUCAGACUGACCAAGAUCCAGAUCAGGAUCGGUAACUCGUGUGUUGUUAUGUUUCCACAACUCAUUAGUCUUAUGUUUUAUUUUUGUUUGCACUUUGUAAAUGCUAUUUGUAAUAGUUAUGCAGUGCAUUCACACAUAAAAACAAUGGCCCCGGGUCAAAUGACUCUGCAAUAGACCCGGGUAGUAAUUGGCUUCACAUCCAAUCGGCAUUGAUGUGAACGUCGACUCGACUCCUUCGUCGGUAACUCCUGCGACUCUUUGCCAUCUCGGCCACGAAUUCCAUCUGUCUUCAUUCAAUCAGCCCUUGAACGUUGUUUAGUCUGCGCUGAGUGUUUACUUUGAAAGAGUGACAAAAGUACCUGAUAGAAGGUCACGUUGACCGCCGUCUCACUGGCUUCCAUGCUGGCUGCUUUCUGUUGUUUACUACACGGUUUUCUUCUUUGUUUUAUGGCGAGCACCGACCGCUCUUUACUGCCACCUAUCACUACACAGUUUUCCAGUCAAAACAUGGCGCAGCGCGUCUGCUGGCGAUCAACGCUGGCAGUGUGAAGUGGCCAAUUGAAGUUUUUUUGCGUUUAAAAAACCUGGGCCGACACAGUCAUUUUGGUGUGAAAGUGGUAAUAGUAACAGUCUCUCAGACGCAGGCGUAGCAUGUAAUGGAAUCACGCACCUCCCAAUUGGAAUGAACAAUACUAGAGAGUGCCACACGGGGCGAGAAAGAAACAGUGAGAUAUUUUAAGCACUGUGAGGCAGCUGCCAUGGUGAACAUCUGGUAGUGACGUCCAUUGGGAGCUGGAGCUGACACAUCUGAUUGGAUUACAGGUUAAAUAAGGUCAGGGUGGAUAACAGGGGGGGUGACAGGGUGUGUGUGUGAGGUUAGGACACCAGUGAUUCUCACAUUUGUUUUCCCAUCUGUGGCUUUCCUUCUGUGCCCGGCGGUCAGUGCAAUCCCCUUGUAGGCUGCAGACACGUGACUCGUUUGCACUUGUUCUCGGUUAUGACAUUGACCGAACCCAGAUUAUAUUCAGCCUGCUUAGAGUCGACAUACAGGCAACAACAUAAUCUCAAAUAUAAACUCACAGUGUGACAAGCUGAGAGAGAAGGAAUGACCAGCGACAUCUACAGCUCAAACCAAUCAGAAGUUUCAGAGGGAGGGUUUCAGAGGGAGGGUAAUGUAAGGAGGGGGUGCACUUGAUAACUAUAGAUGCACUUGAUAACUAUAGAUGCUAGGUGGCAGCAGAGCGCUUGAAUCCUGAUGACAGGAUUUUACCACGUACCCCAGCGGAGUGGCGCUGUCCGUAUUUACGCUGGUUGACGCCGCAGGAAGUGGACCUGUGUGAGUCUGAUAAGAUGCUGCGGCCCUUAUAUUUAAAAUACAUAUUUCUGAAAAUUAAUCAUCUGAUACAUUGCAAUAUAAUGGGGAAAAUAAUCUGUUCAUAAUUUUAUACAAAUUACAAUUUUAACUAAAAAAUCCCUGCAGACUAUCAAUUUCACUAUUAAUGUCCAUUGCACAGUUAAUUGUUCUGUGUUGUUAUUGUUUUUUAUGCAAAGAAUGAUAUUUUCAAAAGAAA